AUGUCGAACCUCUUCGCACCUCCAUCUCCUAGCGUCGUCAACGUACGACCCAAGCCGAACCGACUCGAUACUCCGGACAAGGCCAAGGCUUACGAAACCGUCGUCGCUCAUUUCUCUGACCCCGGAUAUCAGCUGGAAUGGCACCCUACACGACCGGGUGAAGCGCCCUUGAACGACAAGCACAGGGCUUCGGCUGGAAAGGCGGGGGCUCAGGUUGGACCGUUGAACGACGAUGACAAGAUGUUCUUGACGAAAGAGUGCAUCAUCAGAUUCCUUGUCGCCGACGACUUCCACUUGACCAAGACGAUCCCUCGGUUAGAGGAAGCCGUCCGAUGGAGAAAGGAGAUGGGGAUCGAUGAUGUUGCGAGUAUGGGCCAGGAAUUACAGGAUCUCGGUGCCCUGGGCAAAUUCUUCACUUUCGGAUACGGCAACCAGGGUCAGCCUCUGGUCUUCUGGGAUGCAGAUACCAAGAAGAGCGAUCCGACUCCCAGCUUUAGGACCGUGAGGAGCAUGUUUUUCAUGACCGAACGAGCGAUGGACUUGAUGGUCGGUGGGGUCGAGGAAGUCGGCUUCAUCCUCGACCUUGGAGGCAAGGUCGAUCGAUCUUGGGCCGCGAUCGAACAGUACAAACAUAUCUUGCACGACGUACAGCGAUAUUACCCCGAGAGGUUAGGAUUCGCUUGUGUACAGCAUUUGGGAAUGAUGAGCAAGUUGUUGGUAAACGUCAUGUGGCCGUUUGUCGACCCGAACACUAAAUCCAAGGUCUCUUUCGAUGCCAAGCUGGCUGAUGGCCACCUGGCUCAAGCCCAGAUGAUCCCAAAGAAUUUCGGCGGUGCAGCCAACAUCGCUUGGGACGGGAACGUUCACUAUCGCGAAGUCAUCGAGGAAUCUAUCGCUCGAAGGAACGCUCGGGCUCAACGAUGGAGCCAGUUGGGCGGUGUAAUUGGGCUGAGCGAGUUGGACAUCGUCUUGCCCUUGCAGUAGAAGAAGAUCGAUUCGCGUAGACUGUAUCCCCGUGUGACUAUCCUUCCUCACAAGCAUUUUUGCCACGUCAUUAUGAUUUUGACAUCCGAGUGUUUUAUCAAAUAAAUCAGCUUUCCCAUGA